UUGACUUACAGAACUGGCACUCGGGGCAUAAAAUAAAAUAAGAAAUCGGCCAAUUCCAUUAGAAGUAUUGAGAUUGAAUAUAUUUAAAAAAAUAGAAGUUUUUUUAUUCUGGCAACACUCAAACAAAUGUCACUUGCUUACGAAAGCUCAGUGGCGCCGUGGUUGUUCGCCAGAGUUUUGUUUCGUUUCCUAUCGCGUUUUUGGAGUUUGUGAAAAAACAACAAUUAAACUCGCAGUUAUAAUAAAUGCAGUGUGUUAUUGUUUUUUAGUGCAAUACGUGGACUGAGACUUUUCAAAACUGCUGUGGAGAUUUUGAUCCGGCGAGGUUAUUGGUCUUACCAACUCUUCACCGGAGCACGACAUCUAUAGUGGCAAUCCAGAUGUUUUAAGUAAAACCUCCAGCUCUAAAUAAAGGUGCAACGCAGAAGGAAUGUUGAAAAAAGUGCCAACGCGGGUGCAGGCGUGAGGCUGGCGGCGACAUGAGCGCGGCGCGGGACGGAGGGGACUCCACGCCGGGCUCCGACGUCACGCGGCUGUUCCCCAAGUGCCGACCCAGGAUGCACCGUCACGACAGGCUAAACUCCGGUCUGGAGGGCCGGGAACACAGCAUCAACAACGUGUCCUCGGACGAAGAGCGCGAGAGCCAACUCGUCAUUCUCAACUCCAAGGGCAGCGCCUACAAACUUAGAGACUCUAGGAUAAUAGAAAUAGCAGGCGGCCGAGAGCUGUACUCACAGAGUCGGACCAAAGCGGUCCGGAAGCUCAGACACAGCAACACACACAAACAUAACCUCCGGAACAAGGUUCGAUCUCUGGGCAAGGACUCGCUCGACUACUCGGACAAUCUUAGCAAUGAGAUAUCCUUGCACAGGCUAAACAAUGAGCCAAAAAAAAUGAUAUCACGGCACACGUCACCGACAUAUACAAACGGGGACCGGGAGCCCAUAAUAGAGGAGACGAUGGGGAUCCCUAAGAACAGUUCGCCGAUUCUGGAUCCGCAUAAAACGAAUGAUGUGAGCGCUAAGAGUAGUCCCAUUGCGGUCGUCGCGGACGGAGAGGUCGUCGUUUUUGAUGACAAUGAGGACUGGAAAGUGAUAUUGAAUUCUGUGUCCCUAGGUCUUCGGAUGGACCCGGAUGCUAGUGAUCACGACAUAGAUCUGAGUGUAAAAAGGACUUUAGACAAUAUGAAAAACGGUGACAGUGAUAUGAUGAACAAUAAAAGUGAGUUAAGUGAGAGUGAAUCAAGUCCGGGGGAGGAGAGGAGUGAUGCUAGUCCCUCCGGGGUGUGGAUGUCGGGGGAUGAGGAUAAAGGAAGAGUUACUAGGGUGAUUGGGGAGCUGCCUAUAGCUGAGUAUGAGGGGUCGCCGCGGAGAUAUGGAAUUGGCAGUCAGAAGCAGGCUGUGAGGUCGCCGAGGCCUGGGUUUCCGCAGCGCAUAGUGACGGAGAGCAGAGACGUGACACCUCCGUCAGGGUCAGCAGCCUUCGACUACUUAUACGAGUUCUCGGAAACGAGGAAGGUUCUAGAAGAAUUCUUCAGGUGUCCUGCGGUGGCUGGCCAUGCGCAGCUCAAUAGCAACGAUGAGAUUGUUAAUUUUCAGGAGUUAGAUUACGAGCUCCGCCGUCAAACGCAAGACUGUCCGUCGGAGAACGGAGUAGAAGGAAGCGACGCGGAGUGGCCGCACACAGACACCCUGGAUUCACCGCACACGGCGCACAAUCACACCAACUUCUUAGGUCUACAGGUACAACCUUACACUCCUUACACAACAACGCGAAUGCUACGGCGAGCCAACGUGGCGGCUCUGCGGGUCGGCUCCGCGUGGAGCGGCUCCGCCUCCCCCGCCGCCCCGCCGCCGCGUGCCCGCGCGCCCCUCGCCCUGUCGCCUGAAACAAGUGACGAGGGUAGCGACCUCUCGCUCAUUAUCAUGGAGAAUGAGCUGAGCGAGAUGAAAGUUCAAAUGGACACGAGUCGCGUAGUGGUGACACACCUGCCCAUCGUGGAAGACGGACUAUCGUCAGGCCACGCCUCUGACAAUGACAAUAAUAACCAACUGCCGACCUUACAACAGACACACUCUUCGGUGAUAAUCGAGGAAAUAGUGGAGAAUGGAACUAGUGCAGAAGCCCAUGUGCUCUCGGAUGCCGAUCUACACUCGUUGGAUCCUUUAGCUUGCAGCGAAGUCUCUCCACCGCCGCCGGCGCCGGCGCCGCACCGGCCCGCCGAGGAGCCCGAGCACGCACAGCACACUGCGCAUGCGCCCCAUGCGCCGCAUACGCCGCAUGUACCACACGACGACUAUCCCAAUAGCAGGAAAAGGCCAUCGUCAGCACAGAGUACAGACUCCGUGGAAAUCAAACCUGCGAGUGGAGAUGAAGACGAAGCGGAUACGGAUCUGGAGACUGACAGGCUAUUAGGGCAGCAGAGGACAGACGACCAGGGAUUCUUCGACGACAAGGACGACAAAACAACGGCGCAAGUGAGAAAAAGAUCAGAUGAAAAAGCAAAAUCAAAAAUUUGCUUGAGCGUUGACAGAUCUUGUUUUGUACACUUGAUGUCGGCGGAAACGGCGAAAGAAGCCUGGGAUGCGCUGGAACGUGCGUAUGAUGAUAAAGGUCUCGGGUCUCGAGUGCGAACACUCCAGAACCUGUGCGCUGUCAAACUUGAGAACUUCAACAGCAUGGAAGCUUACGUCAAUGAGAUUCUAUCGCUUGCGCAACAGUUAGCGAAUAUGAAGAAGCAAGUUGAUGAUGAGUUUCUUGGUGCGCUGAUGCUUAAGGGUUUACCGGCGGAAUACGAGCCCAUGAUCAUGGCACUUGAGCAUUCGGGAGUUACUAUUACGGCCGAUCUCGUCAAAACUAAACUGCUGCAGGACCAACGGUGGACUACUCGUGGAGAUUCGAGUGAGUGCUUGUCUUCUAUGAGAAAAGGCGCUACUGCGAGUGACUCCUGGACGAGAAAAGCGCAACAGCACAAGGACGAGUCUAAAACGAAGGAAAGUCCUGGUCGUAAGAGAGAACCGUGGUGCUGGAAAUGCAAACAAAAAGGUCAUCUGAAGAAGAACUGUCGCAGUGACGUCGGUUGCUUGGGAUACUGUGAUUUGUCGGCAUAUAGUACUAGAACGGUGUCUGGAUCUUCGUGGUAUGUGGACUCGGGAGCAACAAAUCAUAUGACUAGCAAGCGCGAUUUGAUGACAGACUUUAGAUCGCAGAGUGGAUACAUCACUAUUGCUAAUGGAGAUAAACUGCAGUGCACAGGCGCCAGUGGCAAACGAUCUGUGGAGAUAUUCUUCCCUGCAAGCGGCGAUACUACUGUUGAAGUGUGUCACACGGAAGAUCAGCCCGUGGUUGAGCUUGAGGCGGAGAUGCCAUUGCUACCAAAAGUAGAUCCUCAGGUUGAGGCGGAGAAGCCGACAGAACCUGAAGUUUGGAUUGAGGCGGACGUGCAAAUGCCAAGUUCAUCUACUGACACAAGUGGUGCUCUACAGGAGCCGGAUGGAGAUGGACCAGCCUAUAAUUUACGAUCAAGAAUACCGAGAUGCACUGUAGCGUCGGCACUCGUGGUAGAGGCAAGUGAACCGACAACUGUUAAGGAGGCCUUGCACUCGAGUGAUAGCAAGCUGUGGCGACAAGCUAUGCAGGAUGAGAUCGAUUCGUUUAAUAAGCAUGAUGCUUGGGAGCUUGUUGACAGACCGGCGGGCAAAAAUAUUGUGAAGAAUCGGUGGUUAUUUAAGAUAAAACGCGAUGCUAAUGGAAAAAUAGCGUGUUAUAGAGCACGAUUGGUUGCGAAAGGGUUUACCCAGAAGUUCGGAAUAGACUAUAUGGAUACUUAUUCUCCUGUGGUGCGACAUAGUUCAUUGAGAAUGUUGCUGUCUCUUGCGGUCGAGUUAGAUCUGAAGAUUGAUCACCUAGACGUCAAAACUGCCUUCCUGAAUGGCGAUUUGAGUGAGGAGAUUUAUAUGGCACAGCCGGAAGGAUUCGUCCAAAAAGGCAAUGAGCAUAAAGUCUAUAAACUAAAGAAGGCUGUAUAUGGAUUAAAGCAGGCGUCCCGCGCCUGGUACGAAAAGGUAAAGGAAGUUUUAGUAGCAGAGCAGUUCACGCAGAGCAAGUACGAGAGCUGCAUCUUCAGUCGCCGAGUGGACACCUUCACCUUUUUAAUUCUCGCCAUGACCGACGACGAAAAAGAACCUUGCCUAGAAAGCGGCCAGUGCGCGCCGGACCGUAAAGAGGUUUAUAGUGAUAACGAAAAUAAUAAUGUAGUCAAAAGUGUCGCAGAAAAAGAACCUUGUUUAGUCCCAAAGGAUAUGGAUCAAUGUGAGACAGAGUGCAAGGAAAAUUCCGAGGUCAUUUAUAGAGAAUGUGAGAGUGAUAAUAGUGAAAUAGCCAAAGUUAGUGAAUCUUUAGAAAAUAAACAAAGUGGCCAGUUAGAAAAUAUUGAAUGUUCUGAUAAGGAUUUAAAAGAAACAUGUAGCGUGAAUGAAGAAAUAAGUGACUCAAAUUGUGAUGAAAUAAGUGUUUCAAAGAAUGAUACAGAGUCCAAUGAGGAAAUAAUACAGGAUACCAAGAAUUGUGAUGCAAAGAAGGGAUGGCGCAAACCGAAGUCGCGUACGGUGAUGCCGGCGGGUAGCGUGUCGGGCGGCGCGCGGUCCCCGCCACACGAUGAUCAGGAUGAAACUCUUCACAAUGGGAAGGAUAAAGAUGGAAAAAAGAAAAGCAAAAACAAAGAAGAUAUGCGUUCAGUUCUCAUCGAAGGCGUGUUAUUCCGCGCGCGUUACCUCGGCUCCACCCAGCUGGCCUGCGAAGGACAACCCACUAAAGCUACCAGAAUGCUUCAGGCCGAGGAAGCUGUCUCCAGAAUCAAGGCAUUGGCCCCCGAAGGUGAAAACCAGCCAAGCACCGAAGUAGAUCUCUUCAUAUCGACGGAGAAAAUCAUGGUCCUCAACACAGAACUGAAAGAAAUUAUGAUGGAUCAUGCCCUCCGGACCAUUUCGUAUAUCGCUGACAUUGGGGACCUGGUUGUACUCAUGGCUAGGAGAAGAUUCGUGCCGCAUGAGACGGAUUCUGAUCAGCCGAAGUUGAAUAGGACGCCGAAGAUGAUUUGCCAUGUUUUUGAGAGUGAAGAGGCGCAAUUCAUAGCCCAGUCCAUCGGGCAAGCCUUCCAAGUGGCAUACAUGGAGUUCCUCAAAGCGAACGGCAUAGAAGACCACAGCUUCGUCAAGGAGAUGGACUAUCAAGAAGUGCUGAACAGCCAGGAGAUCUUCGGAGAUGAGUUACAGAUGUUCGCAAAGAAAGAGCUGCAGAAAGAAGUCGUGGUGCCGAAGACAAAGGGGGAAAUCCUUGGGGUCGUGGUGGUGGAGUCCGGGUGGGGCUCCAUGCUGCCCACCGUCGUUAUAGCGAAUCUGGCCCCGGCCGGCGCGGCGGCGAGAUGCGGACACCUUAACAUAGGUGAUCAAAUAAUCGCAAUAAACGGCGUCAGCCUUGUCGGUCUACCGCUCUCUACGUGUCAGACUUACAUCAAAAACUCGAAGAACCAAACGGUGGUUAAACUGACUGUGGUGCCGUGUGCCCCCGUGGUUGAAGUGAAGAUCAAGCGGCCUGACACCAAAUAUCAGCUCGGGUUCAGCGUGCAGAAUGGAGUGAUAUGCAGUUUACUCCGCGGCGGUAUCGCCGAGCGCGGCGGCGUGCGAGUCGGCCACCGCAUCAUAGAGAUCAACUCACAGAGCGUUGUUGCCGUUCCGCACGAACGCAUUGUUAAUCUACUAGCGACAUCUGUGGGCGAGAUCCUAAUGAAAACGAUGCCGACGUCGAUGUUCCGACUGCUGACGGGCCAGGAAAACCCCGUGUUCAUAUAAGCGCCGCCGCGCGACACAAGUGCCUGCUUACGAUAUUACACGCCCAAUAAUGUUGGCCCUGUCACACUCACUUUAGAAAAAAAAAUAAGGGUGAUUAACUUAAUUUUCAGAUACCUGCAAGGCUAGCAUGCGUGGAUCACACGUCUUUUUCAAUUUGUAUGAGUGACAUACGGAGGGUAGUCUAUCUCGCGGCGAGAUAAUCUCGCACCGUUCUUAUGCUAGCCCUGCUGGAUGGCUGCCGAAUCGUCUUUUUUUUAAAUGUCGUUACUCACGGGCGUACAGGACCCUAACCGUGAUAACCUUGGGAUGGUUCGCGGCCUGUUUGAUCGCGUGUAAAGUGUAUAGUCUGCCGUAAGUACGUUAAGAAAAAACAGUUAUACGUAAGAGCGAGACGUAAAUAUUUUGGGCGACCAAAGUCGCGGUCCUGUACGCCCGUCUGAAACGGUUUUAAAUGCGUGUGUGUUGUUAAUGUGACAGAAAAAAAAAUGUAGGUGGAUUAUAAAAAUUAAAUUUGCUUACAAGUUUUGUAUUUAGGUUUAUUGUGUUGUGUGUUUGAAUCUCAAGAACUACUAAAAUAAUUUAGUUAUUAAUAUUAACCUCUCAUAUUUACUUUUAUUGAAAGUAAACUAAAUUAAACAUGUUUGUAAUUUGGACGCCAAACAUAUCGUCACCAAGAACCUUAUUAUUGGUACACGAAGUUUGAUAUGGGGUUUUACUCCGCGCCCUUUUCGGUCAAAAGGUUAAACUAAAAUAGAAAUAGAACGAUUAUAUAAUUUAGGUACGUUCUAUUUUUAAAAGUGACAGUGACAGGGCCCAACAACUAGCUUAGCCUCAAAAUACUCGAAUCCCGCGUGAGAACCUGAAGACAAGCGGGACGCUUUAUAAAUGCUUAUGUGGCUGGAUAAGGUACUUAGGAUAAGUUGUGUAUCUCUCUAACAACGCUUGCAUUUACUAAGACGACAAUUUUUACAAUAUCUACCCAAAUAGCACUAGACCCUACUCAUAGUCUUUGUCCCUGUCGGUGAGUAAGGCUGCCAGAGCUCAACGAGAGUGCGGUGUGCUGGGUGACGGAAGGACCUACGGAACUAAUUUGUUCCAUCUAUUGUCCUUGGAGUCACCGGCAACCCGAACCCUCCUUGGAACUUGUACACUCCUGUUUGGUGUGUACUUAACAUUCUUAUUUGGUCAUUUUACCCUCAACUGGCAUAAGGAACCUUUUGAGGGUAGAUUAUGUUUGUUACACUUUUUUAAAUGCCUGUAGAUACAGACUAUAGUAGCAACAAUGGUUAAGAAAUAUUGCAACAGAUAUCUCUAUAGUAUUUGCCUAAAUAUGGCUAAAUUAAGGAAAUAUCACUACAAAUGGAAUGAAGUAUAGUGGGUUUAAGCAUAGAUUAAAUAUAAGAGAUCAUACCAUCCCAUACAUUAAAAUGCGACCGCCUAAGAACGCGCAUACACUACACCACACAUAGAUGUCGCCACAAAAUAUGCC